AUGGCUACCAUUGCGUCCCCGGAAAACCUCCAGCCCCAGUCGGCCCUCGUUCAACUGCCGUCUGAAAUCAAGCACAUCAUUUUCAGCCUUUGCCUCGUCAGCGAUACUCCAAUUUCCGACCCGCGGAUUGUUUGCUAUGGCAAGGAACGGCGAGAAGAACCAGUCGACACUGGCCUCUCGAGGGUUUCUCUCCUUCAAACAUGCCGCAGGAUAUAUCAUGAAAUCGAUCGUCGACCACUGUUUGCGCAGAACACCUUCCGUUUCUCAAGUCUCGAUACGAUGCAGACAUUCCUUCAAGCACUGCCGUCCAGUCAUAGCGAAUUCAUCCAAGACAUUGAGAUCGAUUUGCGGAAACUAAACUCUGAUCACCCCCAUCUCACCCAGGAGUGGUUGCAGUAUCUAGCGUGGACUCGAGACAACCGCAAACCGUCCCUGCGUGUGGACACAGGCGGCUUAAAGUGUCUCCGAAUCAACCUCGAGGCGUGGCCUGUAAUUCCAAUGUACCGAUGCGAGCUUUGGAAUGUCCUUCGAAAUGUUCUGCGUGGGUUUGCAGAUGUUGAGAGAAUCAUUGUCACCGGAACAAGCAGAGGUAAAACGAUGGCUCAGAAGGCACCGUGGUCGCCAGUCCAUUUUGUAGGCGGCGACAAUGUAGGCUCGGAUGACCUGAUAUCUCGAAUGAGCAACUGCGUGGUGGCGAGACUCGGUGAACACAAGGUGAUCAAAUGGCUGAGGAAGGACAACAAGCUUCAAUUGGAAGUCUCCGCGAUAGCUCCUGCAAGCGAGAGUAUAGGUGCACGGCUGACUGGGUCCGAUACUUGGCCGCUGAACGGAGCUUGUACUGUUUCUACUUACGAGCAAUACCGCCUUGGCAAUAAUAGUCCAGAGCUCAAUCCCAGUGUCGACGGAUAA